GAAUAGCAUGUGACGCACAGAAGCCGAACAAGACGCAGCGUUGCGUUGACUGUUCUGCGCAUGCGCUCACUCACUCACAAUCAGGCAUCAUGGCGGACGUGUUAGAUCUUCAUGAAGCGGGAGGUGAAGACUUUCCUAUGGACGAGGAUGGCGAUGAGAGCAUUCAUAAGUUAAAAGAAAAAGCCAAGAAGAGAAAGGGUCGUGGGUUUGGAUCAGAGGAGGGAGCGAGAUCUAGAGCCAGAGAGGACUAUGACACUGUAGAACAGGAUGGAGAUGAGCCUGGACCACAGAGAUCUGUUGAAGGAUGGAUUCUGUUUGUGACUGGUGUACACGAGGAGGCGACGGAAGAGGAUGUCCAUGACAAGUUUGCAGAAUUUGGAGAGAUUAAGAACGUGCAUCUUAAUUUGGACAGAAGAACCGGUUACCUUAAGGGCUAUGCACUGGUGGAGUAUGAGACCUACAAAGAAGCUCAGGCAGCAAUGGAAGGGCUGAAUGGCCAGGAACUUAUGGGACAACCAAUCAGCGUUGACUGGUGCUUUGUAAGAGGACCCCCUAAGAGCAAGAGGAGGGGUGGAAGAAGACGCAGCAGGAGCCCUGACAGGCGGCGACGUUGAUUUUCCCCGUUUUUGACUCCAAUGUCUGUUUCCCAGCCAGUGUGGCAUUGUUUUUUUCGAGACAGUUUGGAGUCAGAUUGGAGUAUGCGUGUAUCUCUUUACAUAAGGAUUUUAAUGUUUUUGAAGGACUAUAUAUUUUUUAUUGUCUUAAUCGUUAGUUAUUCAGCAGUUGUCUGUAGGUCUUUUGUUGAAGAAUGACAGACAAUGCAGAAGCAUAUAUGUGUCGAAGCUGUUGGUAUUAUCACCACUUUUAUUUUAUUCUUUUUUGUACAAAGUGGCAGUACACUGUAUGUAGACAUGAAAUCUCUCAUUGAAACUUGUUAUGAGUAGUGAUCUGUAUAUUUCCAAUAAAUUAAUUUCGAUUGAAA